GUCCGUUUCCUGUUAGCCCGUCGAGCCCGUAACAACCGAGCGUCGAGAACGUGCGUCCCGUCGAACCUACCGCGUCCCGCUGGAAGAGUAGGUGCACGCGAAAAAUCGAGUCUGAUUUUUUCCCCGCGAUCCCGGGGCCCCGCACGCGUCCACUCGCGCCGCAUCGAUUCGGCGAAUCGGCGAGGUGGUAUCGCCUCUACACGAGCGCCCAGAGGAACGCCAUUGUGAGCCAUACCGACUAUACGGCACGAACCGCGUGUUUCUGAUUUCGGAGAGCAGGAAACUAGCGAAAAUGGCAACCGAGCCCGAUAUGCCGACUUUCAAGUGCGUGCUGGUCGGCGACGGUGGCACUGGCAAGACCACCUUCGUCAAGCGGCACUUGACCGGCGAGUUCGAGAAGAAGUACGUCGCCACUCUGGGAGUCGAGGUCCACCCGCUGAUCUUUCAUACCAAUCGCGGGCCGAUCCGCUUCAACGUCUGGGACACGGCUGGCCAGGAGAAGUUCGGCGGCCUUCGCGACGGCUACUACAUUCAGGGACAGUGCGCCGUUAUCAUGUUCGACGUUACGUCCAGGGUAACGUACAAAAACGUGCCCAACUGGCAUAGAGAUCUGGUCCGUGUCUGCGAAAACAUACCGAUCGUCCUCUGCGGCAACAAAGUCGACAUCAAGGAUAGAAAAGUCAAGGCCAAGAGCAUCGUGUUCCACAGGAAGAAGAACCUACAGUACUACGAUAUCAGUGCGAAGAGCAAUUAUAACUUUGAGAAGCCCUUCCUGUGGUUGGCGCGCAAGUUGAUUGGAGAUCCGAAUUUGGAAUUCGUCGCCAUGCCCGCGCUGCUGCCGCCUGAGGUCACUAUGGACCCGCAAUGGCAGCAACAAAUCGAGAAAGAUCUCAAGGAGGCUCAAGAGACAGCAUUACCAGAGGACGACGAAGACCUUUAGUUCAUUUAAUACUGGGAAUGGCCUUUACAGAGAGUAAGGCCUAUAUACGCGGGUGCUCCUUGGUUGUAUCGCGCACUCGUACAUCUCCAUAGAAAUCGAAGAUUCUUUCUUUGAGGAAAAAUGUCACGCAACACUUAGUUGGAUGCUUCAAGGCGAGCACAUGACUUCUGUGAACUUGCAUAUUACAUGCAUUGCCUUAAAGAUGGGUUGCUUGAAUGCGUUGUAAUGCGAAAUGCGCGACAUGUAUAAUUGUGUAUGCGAUUUACAAUUCGAAUGCAUCUAGAUUUUGUAAAAUUUUUAUGUAACGCUGGUGAUAUAUUAUCACGUAAAUUUGUGAAUUACAAACGAAAUAAAGUAACGGCGACAACUGAGGAAACCACUUGUGAUAGACGAGUUCAUGGAAUACUACUACUUGCUGAAACUGAUACGACGUAAUACGAGACGACCGACUUGCAUUUUUGAUUCGCUCGUUUGUAUAAAUGUGCGUGCGUGCGUGCGUGUGUAUGUACAUAUAUACAUAAGAAAUGGAAUUGUAUAAGGCGUGCUGUAUAUUGAACACAAUCGUGCUAACCCACUUUAAGGCGUAUCAAAAAGUAGCGUUGUCCGCUUUUCUUUUCCUUUUACUUUCGUACUUCCCAACGCAAAUAGAGUAAAAACUGCCAAUUCUGAAAUAGGUACAGUUGUAAGCAAAACUGCUAUCAAGUUCAGGCAAGUAGAAAUUGCGCUAGCACCUAUUGCAAGUAUCGUAAAUUUAUCGCGAUUGGACGGUUAGCUAGUCGUUCCAGCGGGAGCUGCUCGGUGCGAGGCAUUUUGAUCUUGUGACGGUAGAACAGAUAACAUGUUUGCUCUCGAUUAAAACAAAUUUAUACAGCAUAACAUGGAGUGAUUAUUUUACAAGAAAGAAUCUUGCGAUACAUCCAAAAUUAAUAUUAGAAGUCACUGUUUGCAUACUUAAGUAUGAACAGCAGAGCAAAACUGGACUGAAGUAUCAUUAAAAAAAAAAA